AUGGUUGCUCAAUUCAUUCCUUGUGUUCAAACCCAAGAGAUCUGGCCAUUGACAGCUAUAAAGUCCAUGAAAGAUGAGUUAGAGUCGUCAAAACAAUUAUCUUGGUGUCUUCUUGAAGAGCCUCCGUGGGCCCUUUUUCACGACCCUCAAGGCCUGUAUAUCCAGAAAGUUCUUCAGUCCUUCAAAUUUAAGGACUCAACCUUGGAAUCCUAUUGCAUUGAUAUCUUGAAUUCUUUCAUCAUAUUGAGCAAGGAACACGACCAUCUUUAUCCGAGGGUCAGGGAAAGAAUUAUUCAAUGCUUGAAAGCUGGUAUGAAACUCAAUCAAGCGAGAAUGGAAGGUCCACAGUUCUUGCUGAGCAGAAAAUUGUUGAUGCUCGACCCUGGAUACCAGAGAUUUUUCCCCGGUGAAGCCAUACCGGACGGACUUAUCGAAACUCUUGCGAUGAUGUAUGAAGCUGAUGACUUGCGCGAAACGAAGGAGCACUUAUUCAACUACCACACAAUUACAUGGGAAACGGUAGAUGAUUACAUACUUAUUAAUCUGCUACCAGACGAGACCCAGGCUAUCUUGCGCAACGGUCUUGAACUUUUUGAUUAA